AUGGCAAUGUCACCGAGAGAACACAUAGAGGAGAUUCGGAAGAAGAAGUUUAAGAUAAAAAAAGAACCUGAUCCCAAGAACGAAGAUCUUCAUCACGCUGUUAAUUAUCUAUCUGCUGAACUCUAUGCCAAAGAUGUUCACUUUCUCAUGGAACUCAUUCAGCAAAAAUAUGCUCAAGACAUUCUCACUAAGGCUGGUUUAUCUGAUUGCAAGCCGUGUUCUUCUCCUCUUGCUGUUAAACCUACUUCUCAGCCUCAUUCUACAGCCCCUUAUUCUAAUCCUACUCUCUAUCGAAGUUUGGUGGGAGCUUUGCAAUAUCUUACCAUUACCAGGCCGGAUUUAUCUCUUGCCGUUAAUCAAUGUUGCCAACAUAUGCAUGCCCCUACCAAUGGCCAUUUCUCUGCUGUUAAGCGCCUUCUUCGCUUUGUCAAAGGCACCCUUCAUCAUGGUUUACAGUUUUCUCCUAGUACAUUUGAUGUUCAUGCCUUUUCUGACUCCAAUUGGGCCGGGGAUGUUCUUGACCGCAAGUCUACCUCUGGUUAUUGUAUUUUCUUGGGUUCCAAUCUUAUAUCGUGGUCUGCCAAGAAACAGGCUACUGUUUCUCGAAGUUCUACUGAGGCCGAAUAUCGAGCCUUAGCUCAAAUAGUAACAGAGCUCAGUUAG